UUAGGCGAAGACAUCGACCGAAGAGAUCGAUAACGAAUGCAAUCACAAGAAUGAGCGACAAAUCAAUGAUAAUACGGGUGAGACGUCGAGCGGUGAGCACUCGGCACCGGCACUGCCGGACACGACCAACAGUGACAUCGAUAUCAUAGACGAGGACGAGUUGGACGACAGCUCCGACGACGAGCUGUCCACUGCAUCGCUGUGCUCGUCAUCGGUGGUGUCGCAGACAUCCAACCUAUCAUUCCUCAGGGAUCAGUACCUGCGACAGCAGCAGCUCCUGUCUCCCGACUUCAACACCGAAGACCUGUCCGAGACGUCUAGUCUGAACUAUCGGGAAUUGGCCACAGAUGUGGAGCUGAAACGGGGCACUCGGGCCUACGUUCACACCCCGAACACCGGCCUAAACGGCAAAUUGAAUCUCAUAUUGAUUUUAUCGCUGAGCACUGUUGUCGGGCUCGGGAUCGGCAACUUUAUCGGCUGGUCUAACCACUGGAAACAGCAUAAACAGGUGUCGUUGGGUCAGGUGCUCAAACUGAAGCAAUUGCAGGACGAGCUCGUGGUCUGUAUGCAGAAUCAGGUCAACAAAGGCUCGCAAUUGGAGGGACAGUCGGCACAGAUCUGUUACUCGGAUAACGACUACUUUCGGGGAAAGUUUGAGACCCUGUUCUCCGAGAAUAAGGGACUGUUGGACGCACUCCAGCGGACACAACAGCACUACCACUCGGACGGAGAUCUGAAGAAUAUAAUCGCCGUCAAAGACUGCGACAAUAAGAGCGCUUCCGACGAGUUUCACAAACUAAAGCUCGGAUUCCUGGUCACUCAGAUGGAACACUUGCACCUGCUGAAGACGUUAGAAGAAGUGAAAUAUAAGGGCCAACAGUCGGAGAAGCGGGUGAAGGACUUGGAAGUGGAGAACAGCGAACUCAAGAUGAAGUUAGUGGAGGAGGAAGAGGACGACGAAGUGAUCGUCCAGUCGUGGGGCUCGCGGGUGGCGCUCCUCGAGACCGAGAAUCAGGAGCUGAAGACUCGGCUCGUGGAGGACGAAGAGGAGGACUCUGUGGUGAUGGCGCGACUCAACGCCCGUAUCGGCGAACUCGUGACCGAGAAUCAGGAGCUGAAAGCGGCGAUCAAUCAAUUGGAGGUUCAAGUGGUUAAUGUUGGCCACAAUCCCGCGGCCGGUGUCGACACCAACGGCUACUCCAACGCUCGAGUUAUCGAUACCGAAACGGCCGGCAAAGUACCCAUAAAACUGGAUCUAUUGAAACAACGGAUCAAUCAGAUGGUGAUCGAGAACGACGAGCUUAAGUCGACGAUAGCGCGCCUUCGGUGGACAUCACACGACCAGAUGAUUGUCGACGAAGACUCGGAUCCGCUUAUUGACGAAGAGAUUAUCGAAGAGGAAGAGGAGAGUUCGCCAGAGUAUGAGAGUCAAGAGUCGUCGGCCGAAGAGAUGGAACAAUUGGAGCGACAGUUGAAUGAAUUGCGAGAUAUGUUGAGUACGGAACAGAUGGAGUCGAAGAAGUGGCGCCAAAUGUACGAGAGUUUGAAGACCACUAAAUCAGAUGAUAAUAUUGACAAAACACCGAAUAAAGACAAUCAGAGAAGCAAACCGUCGAAGAAUAAGCCCAAAGAAGCCGCAGAUAACGACAACAUAUUGUUUGAUUGGGUCCUAAACUCGACGUCUCUGUUCAAAGACGCCGUCCGGAAGGGCUCCGCCGUCUUCUCCGACCGAUUCCAAGAGCUCUACAACAAAGUGAUGGCCGAAAACGAAUCAAUAAUACCGCUGGAAGUGUUCAAUGGUCUUAAUCUGACACAAACCGUAAUCACGGAUCUGAACCGACGUCUGACCAACAAAUGGCACGAAUUGCAAGAUUUGCGGACAGUAUUCACGGCCGGCAACGAGAAGAUAUCGGCAAAGAUGUCCCGACUCUACGCCCAAACCGUACGCAAACUGCACGACGCGAAGCACAAGUUGUUGUCGAAGGAGGAGUCCGUGCGGUCAAAAGUGGAUCAGUUCUCGGCCCGCAUGUCACGGCUCGUCGACAAAAUGGACGCCAAAUGGAAUCAAUUGUUGGCCAAACUAUCCAAACGGUACGGACAGCAGCCGUCGGCCGAGAAAAGUGGCCGACAGUCAGCCGAUGAAGAAUACGAGCCGAAAAUCAAUUGGUUCUUCGAGAGGGCCAACAGUCGCCGCCAACAGCCGUACACCACAACUGGUUUCGCAGGCCAUCAGCGCUCGACCGACCGCUUGGACCGUACGAUACGCGUGAACGUCAACUCACGACACCGGGUACUGAAGGGUGACCUGUACUCCGACGUGGACUCCGGCGACGAUGAGGUGGACAACGACUACGACGGCAGUGACGGCGACAGCAGUGGUGCCGAAGAGGCGGAAGACGUGAAUUGGUUUCUGAAGGAACGGCGAAAACCACGGAUGGAAAGCGAUUACUCGUUCCCGAGGCCGGUGUCGGCCAGUAAUGCCCGCUAUCACCGGCGCAUGAAGUUUAGAUCUAACGGACGCUUCGAGUCGUCCACAUCUCACCGAAUCCAUCAUCACUACCGCCAGAGGUAG